ACCCGGUCCCCUACUACAUCUGCUUCUUGUUUCAUUUUGCUUCCUUUCCCCUUCUUUCUUGGAAAUCUUGGCCCUAGUUUGAAGUGCUUAAUUGUUCUCCGGCGGACGGAUAGACGACGAUAGUUCUUAAUUUUUUAAUUUCCUACUUCCUAAAUUCAAGGCGCCCGUAGCGAUACAACACAAAUCGCGUCGUCGCAUGGGGUCUUGAGAACAAGUUAUUGUCCUCGAAGCAGGACUUCACCCCACUCGAAUAUGCGCGGCAUCUUCAAGGCUGCGGCCGUUGUCUUAUCACUUAUAUCGCAAUCCUCAGAUGCGCAUUCGGUUAAAAGAAAUGCGUUGAAUUAUCUUAGCCGCCUCGAUAAUCCUAUAAUCCAUACCGCCUCUAAUCGAGUUCACGCCUAUUCCUCAUUUGAGCUCACAUUCCUACUUCAUAACGAGCAAGACAAAGUUCGAAUAACGUUAGAACCUAAUCAUGAUGUGCUUUCCGACUCGGCCACCGUGCAGUACAUUGGUGCUGACGGCUCCGUACGUGAGGAGAGGUUAGAUAGAAUGGAGCAUAGGGUAUUCAAGGGACACGCAUUCGUACAACAUCCAGAUCAUUUGGAAUGGAUCAAUUCAGGGUGGGCAAGGAUUACAGUUCAUCGAGAUGGGCCGAUGCCGUUAUUCGAGGGCACAUUUCGCAUCAAUGGGAAUCACCAUCACAUUCAGACCAGUUCUAACUACAGGCAAACGCAACACGAAGAUGACCCUAGCGCGCACUCUGCGGAAGAUGAAUAUAUGGUGGUUUGGAGAGAUUCGGACAUCAAACAGAAUCCAUACGACAUGUCGGAAUUGAGGCGCGGACUUAACGAAAACUCGUGUUCAUCUGAUACUCUGGAAUUCAAUAACGAAGAUCAACAUCCGGUUCGUCGCGGUUUGGAUCUCAGUGAUUUAUCGGCCGUCGAUUCAACUAGACUUUUCGGACGUCAGAUCGACGGUACAACCGGCAAUAACGGUGCUGGUGUCAACCUAGCUCAGAGUAUUGGGUCUACUCAGGGCUGUCCUACGACUCGCAAGGUAGCCCUGGUAGGAAUGGCUACGGAUUGCACGUAUACGGCCCAGUUUAAUAACAACAGUGAUGUGCGUAUUAACAUCAUCCAACUGGUUAAUUCAGCCUCGGCGAUCUACGAGAGUUCGUUUAAUAUCUCCCUGGGUAUCCAAAACCUGGCCAUCAUGGAGAAGAAUUGUCCGGGGACAGCGACACAAAGUGAACCAUGGAACGUCCAAUGUGGCAAUGGUGUCACGAUCACGAAUCGUCUUAACCUAUUUUCGGCAUGGAGAAAUCAACGUAACGAUACCAAUGCGUACUGGACAUUGUUAAGCACUUGCAAUACAGAUGCUGCCGUGGGUCUAGCCUGGUUGGGUCAACUUUGCUCUCAAUCGACAAAUUCGAAUGGAGGAAACGAGACGAUUGCGGGAGCUAACGUCGUUGUCCGAACCUCAACCGAGUGGCAGGUGUUUGCUCACGAAUCAGGCCAUACUUUCGGUGCCGUUCACGAUUGUACGAGCGAUACUUGCGCAGACGGUACAUCAUCGAUGCAGAAGUGUUGCCCACUUAGCACAUCUUCGUGUAAUGCUAACGGCGGCUUUAUCAUGAAUCCUUCUACCUCCCCAGUCAUCACUCAGUUCUCACCUUGUACUAUUGGCAACAUCUGUUCGGCUAUGGGCAGAAAUAGUGUUAGGUCGACUUGCUUGAGUAACAACCAAAACGUCGUAACAAUCACAGGGAGUCAAUGCGGAAAUGGCAUCGUAGAGUCGGGCGAGCAGUGCGAUUGUGGUGGCACGAGCGGGUGUGGUAGCAAUUCCUGUUGUGAUCCGACGACAUGCAAGUUCAAGGACAACGCCGUAUGUGACCCAGCUAACGAAGAUUGCUGCUCGAGUCAAUGCCAGUUUAAGUCGUCGGGAUCAGUUUGUCGAGCCAGCUCUGGAUCAUGUGAUCCUCAAGAGACUUGCAGUGGCACAUCCGGAGCGUGCCCUAGCGAUGUUAGGGCGCCAGAUGGUCAAUCUUGUGGCUCUGGCUUAACAUGUGCUUCUGGGCAGUGUACUUCUCGUGAUCAACAAUGCGCGUCGCUUGUGGGAUCAGUGACAAACAACAACAACACGAAAGCCUGUGACUCGCAGACCUGUCAAGUUCGUUGCUCCUCGUCUGAACUUGGGCCGAAUGCUUGCUAUGACAUGGCGCAAAAUUUCUUGGACGGCACUCCGUGUGAAGGCGGCGGACGCUGCUCUAAUGGAAAUUGCGUGGGAUCUAGUUUUGUCGACCAGGUUGGAUCCUUUUUCGCCGAUAAUAAGAAUAUCAUCAUUCCCGUAGCUGCAUCCGUCGGCGGCCUUAUUCUCCUCGGCCUCAGCUGCUGUAUUUUAACAUCCUGCCGGCGUAGGGCGCGGAGAAGGAAGAUAGCGAAGACAGUCCAACCGAGCAGCAGCUGGGUAGGUGGAAAUAGCGCCCCAUUUGCAGCGGCCGCAGUGACACGCCCGCCACUAGCAGCCCGAUCAGUUGGCAGCCAGAGGUCGAGACAGCAGCCUUGGCAGGACGAACCUCAAUGGGGACAGAGAGUACCUACGAUGAGAUACGCGUAACAGAAACUCGCUGUUGGAAGAAUAACCUGGGCUGGUAACUGGGGGAUCUGGGAUACUCGAGUCGUUGAAUGAAGACUCAUUUUGCAAAGACCUUAUAGAAGAUUACCAUGGAGGUUCAUCAUAUCAUGGCGUUUUGGGCGUUCUAA